AUGGCGUCGACGCCGUCGAGAAAGCAACAUGUUUCCUCGGAGGUUUUACGAGGACUCGCCCGGCAUUUAAACUGUCUCGGCGAAGACAACAAAUCGACGAGAAAGAGAGCUUUGGAGUCAAUUAAGAGAGAAACGGUAGAUAAAAAGCUCUCCGGUGCCGUUUUACAGGAGCUUUUCUCAGCCCUCCUCAAACCUCUUCUGAAGUGCCUGUCAGAUCCGAUGGAAAGAUGCCGAGAAAUCGCCAUUUUGUUGAUUAGUGACUUUAUUCGCUUCGUCCCCGAACCGCAGGAGUCGUUGCCUUAUCUCAUGCCGUGCUUGGCUCAGCGGUUCGGGGAGAAAGAGAUCCUGGAGCCGUCGGAGGAGCUUCGCUUGUCGGCUACGGAGAUGUUGACUCUGACGGUGGAAGUGUGUGGCAAACAGCUGGCGCCUUAUUUAAACGAAAUGAUGAACAUAUUACAGCGGACCGUCGUUGACCCUUUCCCGGACGUCAAAAGAGAAAGCUGCAAAUGCACUGUUAACUUUGCCAAUUGUGUGCCAGAGCAUUUCCACAUGCAAGCUGAAAGUCUAGUCAAGCCUCUCAUGCAGACAAUCGCUCAUCAGCACUCCAAAGUGCGUGUUUCUGUCAUCGAAGCCACCGGGGCGGUCAUUCAGCACGGCACUGGGAAAAACGUGGAUGACGUCCUCUCUCACCUGGCACAGAGGCUCUUUGAUGACGCGCCACAGGUCAGAAAAGCUGUGAUAGUAGUCGUCGGUGAUUGGCUACUGAACUUGAGGGACAGAUACUCCUAUUUCCACAAACUCACUCCGCUCCUACUAAGCGGUGUUACUGAUGAGAUUCCUGAGAUAAGACUCUUGGCGGCAGAUUUAUGGCGGCAGGUCGGCGCCCAGUGGGAAAAAGAGAACGAGGAAGACCUCAAGGACAAGAUGGACUUUCUCCUCACACCGCCUCCUUUUUACCCAUCGGGAGUGGAGCGGCCAGGUCUGGGUUGUAGAGAGUUGGUGGUGAGGAACCUGUACAGACUCGUGCCCGCCAUUAGCCACGACCUGAGCGACUGGCUGGUCCCGACUCGAGUCCGAACCUCCCAGCUGCUGUCAGUUCUGCUGCUCCACGCGGAAGACCACAGCACGCAGCACCUCCAGCCUCUUUUGGCCCUCCUCUAUCGGGCCUGUACUGACUCUGAGAGAGAUGUGGUCAUCAGUUGCCAGGCUGCCGCCAAACUUUUGGGCACCUUCAUCCCACCUGAAGUCUUCCUCAAGUUGCUCCUGGAUCACGUGACUUCCCCUCCUUCAGCGUCCCACCCGUGGUCCGCCCUCAUGGUUCUGUGCGCCGUGCUGGGAGGAUGCCCCAAAGCGCUCCUGGGACCGCACCUCCAGCAGGUUGCCAACACACUCGCCCAACCUGACGUCUGCCAGGAAUAUCAACAGGUCGCGUACUUGGAACAGUUGGUGGCCUGCGUGGACGCGCUGCUACACCAGUGCGAUUCAGACUGCGGUGCGGUCAGCCUGCAGCUGCUGCAGGUGCUGGUCACCGUCCAGAGCCUGUCCACGGAGGCUCACGUCAACCAGAAGGCCCUGGAGAGCGUACAGCGCUUAUUUCAGGUCCAAGGCUUGGGCUCAGUGACGGAGCUCUACAGGCAACACAUGGCCCAGCUGCUAGACUGGCUCUCUGCCUCUGUGAACACCUGGUCGAGUUAUUCCCCGCACCGACUCCAAUUGCACAUCAUAGUGGUGCAAUCAGGUCCAGUAAUUGGAGAGUUUGUAAGCCAGUUGAUGCCCAUUCUGCACGCCUGCCUGCAACCAGAGAGGGACCAAGAGAUGAGGAUGAAUAUCUUCACCAUGCUAGCCAAAUUGCUGCUGGAUGGAGGCAACACGCUGGACUCGCAAGGUGGUUUCCGGGACGAGUCCGAGAGCUUCCUGGAGAACGUGCUGCUUCCCAACCUGGUGUGGCGGGCGGGCCGCUGCGCCGCUGCCAUGCGGACCUCUGCCCUCAGCUGUCUGCUGGCGCUGCUGCAUGGAGGUGGCAUCGCCACGCAGCAGUUGCUGCGCGUGGAGGAGAAGCUGACUCCUCAGGUGUUGUCGUCGCUGGAUGAGGAUUCACAGAUGGCCCGACUGCUGGCCUGUCGUUCGCUGUCCACCAUCCUCAGACUGGUGGGAUCCAGUCUAACUGAAGAAGUGCUCAAUAAAAUCUAUCCCGAGUUGCUGAAGCGUCUGGAUGACAGCAGCGAAGGCGUGCGACACGAGGCCCUGCGGGCCCUCAGCUUCUGGUUGUCCGGACUGGACGCCAACUACAACACGCAAUUGUGCGUCGCGCACCUGCGCUUCCUCUUCCAGCAGCUCCUCCUUCACAUGGAUGACCCUGACAACAGCGUGCAGGAACAAGUGCUAGAGGUUCUGAAAGCGGGAAGCUCGGUCCUCCCGCAUGUCCUGAAAGAGGAAGUAGAAGCCGUGAGGGACAAACACCGCACUCAUCAACACUGCGACCGACUGCUGGAGCACAUCGACGCGCACAACGACGACCAGUCUGCUCAAUGA